GCUUUUCAUUAGUAGCUCGAUUUGAACGCCUCGUGUUCGUCAUCGGAGUAUCAAUUUUGAUGUUUUAUAUCACAAAAGAAUUACAAUUGAAAACAAAUUACAGAAAAUGGUUCACUAAAGUGGAUUGAAAUUAAAAGAUCGAAAAAGAUAUUUUCGAAAUCGGGCAUAUUGUGUUCAAUGCGUUAUACUAAAAUAUUUUGAUAUUGGAGCCUCACGCAAACAAAGUGAAAAACAACAAUUUAUCGACUAUCAAGGAGCAUAAAAACUAAUUCAGUCGUACAAAAUUGUUACACCUGAUCUUUAAAAAUAUUGAGCAGGUUUUAUAUCGGUAUUGUGCGAUAGCGAUUUGCAUACAGUCUUGGUUAUUUGUCAUAGCGGUAUUACUUUUGUACGAAUUUUGCGACACGAAGUGAUAUAUUAAUUUCCUUGAUAUGAACUGGAUUUCUCAUUUUUACUAGCGCUUUGGAAGAAAUCGAACUUAAAUACAUAUUGAAGCACCAUUACAAUUGGUACAGUUAAAAUUGUUCAAGAUUAUCCACCAUGGCCGACGUAAAUGACGCUAGUGAUGUUUUCGAUUUAGAACUACAUGAGGAGGAAAAUCCACGCGAUUCAGAUGACGACAGGAUCGAGUUGGACGAUGUCGAUUUGGAGCCGGAAUUAAGUAUAAACCACAUUCAAGAAGAGGUGGAAGGCCAGGAAACGAUACAGUUGUCGGAAGAAACUGUAAAUCCUGGGAAAAUAAAAUUGGGACCUAAAGAUUUCGAGUUGAAAAAGGUACUGGGAAAGGGUGGUUACGGUAAAGUGUUCCAGGUACGGAAAACUGCUGGCCGCGAUGCAAAUAAAUACUUUGCCAUGAAAGUUCUCAAGAAAGCCUCUAUAGUCACAAACCAAAAAGAUACAGCGCAUACAAGAGCCGAACGAAAUAUAUUGGAGGCAGUAAAGCACCCAUUUAUAGUUGAACUUGUAUACGCUUUUCAAACCGAUGGAAAAUUAUAUUUAAUUUUGGAGUAUUUAAGUGGUGGCGAACUGUUUAUGCAUUUGGAACGUGAAGGCAUAUUCUUGGAGGAUACCACAUGUUUCUAUUUGAGCGAAAUCAUUUUGGCAUUAGGCCAUUUACAUAAAGUUGGCAUCAUUUAUCGUGAUCUAAAACCAGAAAAUAUCCUAUUAGACGCACAAGGACAUGUAAAACUAACUGAUUUCGGUUUGUGCAAAGAGCACAUCCAAGAAGGCAUUGUCACGCACACGUUUUGCGGCACAAUUGAAUACAUGGCACCUGAAAUUCUAACUCGGAACGGACAUGGCAAAGCAGUUGAUUGGUGGUCAUUGGGUGCUCUUAUGUUUGACAUGUUAACAGGCAUGCCACCAUUCACUGCCGAGAAUCGCAAGAAAACAAUCGAGACGAUCUUAAAAGCUAAACUAGUACUACCUGCCUACCUCACACCUGAAGCUAGAGAUUUAGUGCGUCGUCUAAUGAAACGUCAAGUGCCACAAAGACUAGGAAGCGGCCCUGAAGAUGCAGCCGCCGUACAGUCGCAUCCAUUCUUUAAACAUGUGAAUUGGGACGACGUAUUGGCGCGACGUCUGGAGCCACCAAUCAAACCUAUUUUGCGGAGUGAGGAUGACGUUUCACAGUUUGAUACAAGAUUUACUAGGCAAAUUCCGGUAGACUCCCCAGAUGAAACAACGCUCAGCGAGAGUGCAAAUUUAAUAUUUCAAGGUUUCACAUAUGUAGCACCAUCGAUCCUAGAAGACAUGCAUCGCGCGAAUCGUAUGCCAGCGCGUUCCCCCCGACGUACACCCCGGCAACAUCAUGAAGGCUCGUACCGUAUGCAAUUUCCAGCACAGCGUGGCAUCUAUCCUCGUGCAACGCCACCACAUUUACAAGCUUUUCCUCCACGCCCCUCGCCCCAGGACGAAAUGAUGGAUGUGCAGGGAGUACCUAUUGUGUAGUCAAAAGCCGAAGGCGGUAGCAAAUCAUCACUAGCGAUAGCCAACGUGAGAGGAAGUAUAAACAAUCGGUCGAGGAAAAAUUAUGGUGGUAAUAGGGCGAAGGAGAACAUGUAUGAAACGAAAAAAAUCAACACACCUUCACUACAAACAGAGAAAAAAGAAACUGAUUAAAACUAAAAAGCAGCAACCAAAAAUUUUGAUAAAAUAUAUAAAAUGCUGCCUAAUGAUUAUUUAUACAAAAGCACAGUAAUAAUUGAUGGAACAGGCGAAACAUUGUAAAAUUAUCACAAACAAAGAAACGAAGGGAGGGAUAUUUCGAAAAUGAGUUCCAUAUUAGACGUAAAAACAAGCAAAAACAAACAUGAAUGCCAAGCAAGUAAUCUGUGUAUGAAAAAGCAGAAUACCAGAAUACUGCCCAGGUGAAAAAGUGACGUCCCUUUAGUUGGGAAUAAUUUGUGUGCGUACGCAACAAAUAGUUUAUAUAUAGUGUCUAUGAUAUAAAAUGAAAAAUAAUUAUUAGGAUAAUGACAUAAACCGAAAAAAAGGAAAAAGUGUGAACAACAGCAAUUAAGGCUAAUAUUAUGAAAUCUAAUUACUACAUACAUUAAUAGGAUAUAACUCAAUUGCAUAUGAAGAAGAAAACUUACAAGUAAUUUAAAAACCAUAGUUCUUAAUAUAAAUGAAAGAUUUAAAGAAAAUAUAGUCAAACUUUCGUUCAUCAUAUAUAUUUUGUGCCUCAUUGCUCGUUGUCGUCACCCGCUUGCGGUUUUGCAUUUUCGUGCAACUCUGCCCACGUCAUCAUCAUCGUCUCUGACUAUAAGUAAGCCAUGUAAAUAAAUACUGAAAAUGAAAGAGCCAACACUGUCAACUCCACCACUAUCAAUUAUAUGUAGUUACCAGCAUCAAACAAUUAAAAACAUACUUUAUAUAAGUUAAGAGCGAUCAACAGGAACUUGAUGAAAAUAGACGUGAAAGGCAUGUUCAGUCCACUUUA